AUGAUAAAAAAAGACCAUAAAUCGCAAUUCGCAAGAUAGCCUUCCCUUGGUAAAACAGAAUUUAAUAGCGGAUCCAAACAAAACGAUGAAUAAGUAAAAUACAUUCUAGCUUAGUAAGCUCUGGAAUCUCAUCCUUAAACUAUGCUGUAAUCAUCACUUUUAGAUUUUGUAAAAGCAUAUAAUGGUCCUUCUGACGAUGAUGUGCUGAGUGAAAAUAAUUCUGAUGAGGAUUCUCCUUCUAACAAUAUUGAUUUUGCUCAAGUUUACAGCCACGAAAUGAUAAUGCACGAACCGAAUAUACCUCGAUCCUAACCUUCGGAGUAAAUCGAAGAGCAAGACCAAGAAAAUCAAUACAUUAUAAGCAAGGACACCACCUAUCUGAAAUAAGAGAAUUAGACGAUUUUGAAGCAUCAACCUUAAACCACCCAAUUAACGAGCAUUGAGUAAACACAAAGAACAGAAUAAGGAUUGUUGGAAAUUUUUAGUAAAAGCGCCAACCGGAAAGUAGUUCCCGAAUCUAUUACAAAAACUUAAACCUCGACUCCAUAAUAAUUUUAUUAGUCUACUAUUUAUUAAAAUUUCUCAACUUUAUCCUAGAUUUUACUGUUGCACAUAUUCUCAUUUAUGAGGAAAGUGCAACAGUUGAUUUCAGAAUAGAGAAUUAAAUUGGGAAUAUUUCAUCUCCCAGUCUAAGACCACGAGGAUACAAUAUAACCCAAUUAUCAAAAGGCCAAAAAGCUAUUUAAUCUUAAAAUUUCGGAGUAAAUUACCUCAUUAUCAUUAUUUCGAAUCUUCUUCUUCGGAGAUAAUAAAUGGUUAACCUUCAAAAUUGUCAUGUUGGCUAUGAGUGAAACCUAUUCCAGAUUCGUAAUGGCCAUUCUAACCCAAACUCUCAUAGCUGCAGUCAAAGAUGGAAACCAGAACAGCGCUUUCUACUAAGCACUCGCCCUCGGUAUUUUGUCACUGGUAGCCCUAUUGAGCAAGCAUUAUUAAUUAUACACCAUCAAUAAUUUCUCAACGAAAAUGAGGAUGAUCUUAACUAACUUUGUUUUUGAUAGGAUUCUAGAACUGAAAGCGUAUGAGAUUAAGGAAUUCAGUGUGGGAAAUAUCAUGAACCUAGUAAGUGGAGAUAUCAAUGCAAUUGAAUUUUAAUUGAAUUUUGUAUAUGCCAUAGCCAUAAUUCCAGGAUCAAUCAUAUUUGCCUCGGUCAUUUUAUGGUUAAGAUUCAAUGGGCCGAUAGGAUUGAUUGCAAUUCUAAUUUGCAUCAUAAUCUAUCCCUUGCAAGUUUUGAUCCAAAAAAGUGUCCAGAAAGUCUUGACUCAGGUUAAAAAUAAAUAAGACAACAGAAUAUCCUUCUAAAACCAAUUAAUCGAGGGCAUAAGACUCAUCAAAAUGUAUGUGUGGGAAAAGGCAUUCUAAGAUAAAAUUUAAGCAAUAAGGAGACAAGAAGUUCUCAACUAUUUUAAAAUUCACUUCCUCAAUUUAAUUGAUAGAUCCUUUAAUUAUAGUGUUCAUAUCUGGGGAUCAUAUCUAUUUUUACUGAUCAUCUACUUCAAUGACAUUUACAUCGAUGUUUCCUCAAUUGUCGGAACCAUCUAAUUGAUGUCCAUGAUCAAAUAUUAUUGCGUAUUUUAGGUUUCAUAUGCAUUCCAAGCAUUCAUGAAUUUGAAUGUUAUUUUUAAAAGAGUGGUGUCUAUAAUGACUUCAAAUGGGUCAAGCAGUGAAAAGAAAAGACAUUUGUUGACAAAUAUUGAGACUCCAAAUUAAGUUAUUAGAAAGUCCAAUACAAUAAAUGUGAAUGGCAAAGCAAACUCAUCUAAAUAAAUAAAGAAACAGAGUUGUGUCAUCAAGAGAGUUCCAUAUGUUACAAUGGUGGAAGUGAAUCUGAGAUGGAAACCAAGAUCAUUCCCAGUUUUGUCAGAUUUAAACUUGGAAGUGUUUCCAGGAUAACUCAUAGGAUUGAUAGGCAGGGUUGGUUCUGGAAAGACUACUUUGUUGUAGUCUAUUUUGGAAGAAUUGCCUUAAAUAGAUGGAGAGUUCUAUGUAAAAAAGAAACUUAAAAUGUCCUUUGUUGAGUAAGAUCCAUUUAUAUACACUGGAACUGUGAGAGAGAAUAUCUUAUUUGGCAAAGAAUUUGAGCAUGAAUUGUAUAGGAAAGUGAUGCAAGUCUCGUGUUUAGAUUAAGAUGUCUUAUCAUUUUAGGAUGGAGAUAAAACUCAGAUAGGAGAAAAGGGUGCCAAUUUAUCAGGAGGACAAAGAGCUAGAUUAAGUUUGGCAAGGGCUCUUUAUGCAUUGCCUGACUUGUACUUGUUCGAUGAUCCAUUAUCAGCAGUAGAUGCCAAAGUGGCAAGGAAAAUAUUCACAUACGCCAUAAAAGAAUUCAUCUUUAAAUUCUAGCCACAAUAUCUAUAAGAGAAGAAUACGAAAUUUCAUCAAUAGUAUAUGCCUCAAAUUCCAGCUGUGAUAUUGUCAACCCAUUAAAUAUAAUUCGCUUUGGAAUGCGAUUAUGUUAUUAUUUUAGAUAAAGGGACCAUUGCAAAUCAAGGAACUUACAAGUAAGUCAAGGAAACCUUAGCCUUGUUUAAUUCUGAUAUUGUUGAACCAGUGAAGAAAUAAUUAGUCAGAAAAUAAACUAGAUUAGCAACUCUAUUAAACAAACAAUAAGAGAAAGUUGAAAAGAAAGAAAUAGUCCAGUUGUUUUCAAAAGAGGAACAAAAUCAGACUGAUGCUGGAUGGACAACCUAUAAAAGAUACUUCAGCUAUUGGUCUCCCAUCUUUUUAAUUUUCAUUAUCAUCGGUCAGAAUGUGGCUACUGAAAUCAUCAACAACUAUUAUUACAGAGAAAUGGCUCUGUAUGAUGAAACAGACAGAGAGUCUAACAACUAGCUAUUCCUCAACGCUGGACUCUUAGUUUUGGCUGCUUAUUGCAACAACAUAGUCAAAUACUUCUUAAAUAUCAUCGGAGUCCUUAUUUCUAAUAAUAAGAUUCAUAAUGAAAUGCUCUCAAGAUUGAUACGAGCACCAAUAAGCUAUUUUGACACUAAUCCAUCAGGGAGACUAAUUAAUAGAUUUUCUACUGACUUAUCAUUGGCAGAUAACUAAAUUCAAUAAAUUAUUACUGAUAUUUUCGAAUAAGGAUCCCAAUUCCUUGUCUCCCUGGUCACGAUAGCCAUUUUACAACCCUUUUUUACUUUCCCAUUAGUGUUUACCAUCAGUAUGACCAUAAUUAUUUUUUCAAUUUCUCGACAGGUUGUGUCCUAAUUGAAGAUUUGUGACUUAAUUUAAAGAUCCCCAUUAUUCGAUCAAUUUAAAGUUUGUUUAUAUGGAAUUACCUAAAUAAGAAUAAACAAAAAUUAAGAUUGGAUUAGAGAGUAGUUUUAUUAGCUUUGCAAUUAAUCAAUGUAAGCCAAUUUGAUAUUUUCUUAUUCCCAGAGGUGCUUUGGAUUUUACAUAGAUAUAUUUGGUUAAUUUACUAACAUAGCUGGCAUAUUUCUUAUUAUUGCCAUGAUUGAAGACCCUACAUUGUUUUCGUAGGCCCUUUUAUUGCUGUCUACUUUCAACACUCAAGCUGGUACACUUAGAUAAUUUAUGGCCUUUGAUUCGAUAAUGAACAGUGUGAAUAGAAUGUUUGAGAUAUGUGAUAUUGAAUUGGAAGCUUAACAGACUCAACAGAUUGAUGAUGAAUUAUCAGUAAUAGGCUGGCCUGAAACAGGAACUAUUCAAUUCUAAAAAGUCGAAAUGCAAUAUCGUCCAGACAUGCCGUUCAUAUUAAAGGGCAUGAGUUUUAAAAUCGAAGGUGGUGAAAAAGUGGGAGUUAUCGGUAGAACAGGGGCUGGUAAAUCUUCCAUAAUUUAGGCUCUUUUGAGAAUGGCAGAAAUAACUCCAGAUGGUAACAUUUUUAUAGAUAAUUAUGACAUCAGAGAAAUAGGAUUGGCCAAACUUAGAUCAGAAAUUGCUAUCAUUCCAUAAGUACCAUUUCUAUUCAGAGCCACUAUCAGAGAAAACCUAGAUCCCUUGUACUUAUUUGAUGAUUCAAAAAUUUGGAAGGUUCUUAAAGACACUGGACUGCAAGAUUAUGUGUUAGAUCUUCCAAAACAACUGCAAUCUGAAGUGUAGCCUGAUUUAUUUUCAAUUGGUUAGAAAUAACUAAUCUGUUUGUCUAGAGUGUUGUUGAAUAAGAAAAAGAUUUUAAUUUUAGAUGAAGCCACAGCCAAUGUAGAUAUGGCGACAGAUGCUUUCAUUCAAAGCACUAUCAAGGAGAAAUUUAGUGAUUGCACUAUUAUUACUAUAGCUCAUAGACUCAAUACGAUUGCAGAUUAUGAUAAGAUACUUGUGUUGGAAGAAGGGAAGGUCUUAGAAUAAGGUCAUCCUUUUGAGCUAUUAGUUACUAAUCCAAGAACUUCUUCGGGAAUAGACAAGGAAUCUGUCUUUGCUAUGAUGGCUAUUUAGACAGGAGUUAAGAAUGGUUAGGCAAUUUUCGAAUUAGCUAGAAAAGCUUAUUUAUAAAAGAUUCUCAGAAAGGAAUACAACAAUGUUAAGACUAUUAUUUAAUCGGCUAAACAGAGAAAAUCAGAAUUGCUUUCAUAAACAUCUCUAGUUCACGAGUAAAAGAAUUUGACUCCUUAUAAGAAAAGUAAAGAAUGA